AUGUCUUCCGCACCUGCUAAGAAAGAGUUCCUCUGCAUCCUGCCCGAUAAGCCCGGUGUGCAGGCAAAGCGUAUUGAGGUUCGCCCUAAGCAUCUCGAGGGUGUUAAGCCGCAUGUUGAGUCUGGUGCUAUUGUUGGCGGCGGCGCAAUGUUCAAUUCCCACCCUGCCGAGGGCGAGACCCCCUCCUUCAAGGGAAGCAUGAUGCUUGCUGUUGCGGAGAAUGAGGCCGAAGUGCUCAAGCUGCUUAACCAGGAUAUCUAUGUCACUGCUGGUGUGUGGGAUAUGGAAAAUGCCCAAAUUAUUCCGUUCAAGUCUGCUGUUCGCCAGGCUUUGUAA